GCGGCCGAAAUCAGUUACGAUUUGCCCGCGAAAGCGUUAACAACGUUCCAACGGAUCUCCUAGCGUGCGAUAUAUUGUUAUAUGGAAAUAAUAUCAGGAAGGCAACAACAACAAUUACGCGCAUAGCCCUCUCUAUCUCCCUCUUUCGCCUGUCAACAGUUAUUUCAGACGAGAGAUUUUUGUGUGACUUUUUCGUGUGUUCGCUUUCGUUUCAUUUGGUUGUUCGGCAACUCCUUCAUUAAACAAAAACAAAAGUAAGGCUUAGGAAACAACAACAACGACGACAACGGGUGUGUGUGUGUUUGUGACAGCGAAAAAAGCAAGAGUGUGCAACAACAACUGCAGCAGCAAUUUUAGCAACAACAAACACGAAAUCAACAUCAACAACAAACAUUUGAAAGGGAAUUUUUUCUAUUUGUUUUAGCGAAGUCAAGAUGUCCACGCCCACUUUCCCAAAAACGCCCACACCGCCCACUUUGCCACCGGGCGUGACCAAAACGUGUCAUAUAGUAAAAAGGCCCGAUUUCGAUGGCUAUGGCUUUAAUUUGCAUUCGGAAAAGGUGAAACCAGGACAAUUUAUUGGCAAGGUAGAUGCCGAUUCCCCAGCAGAGGCAGCUGGUUUGAAGGAAGGCGAUCGCAUCUUGGAGGUCAAUGGGGUGUCUAUUGGCAGUGAGACCCACAAGCAAGUGGUGGCCAGGAUCAAGGCCAUUGCCAAUGAAGUUCGGCUGCUCCUGAUCGAUGUGGACGGCAAGGCCAUAGAGGUGAAACCCGUAACACCUCCAACUGCUGCUACUGUUGCCUGCAACGGAAAUGGCAGUGCCAGCCAAAAUGGAUACGAGGGCACCAAACAGGAGAUGCCCGGAGCAAGUGCCAAUAUCAGUAGCAUUAGUAUGGUGAGCACCAAGCGAUCCUCAAAUGCCAGCAGCAUUCAGAGCGGCAGUACCAUGAACGCCUCCGAUUUGGAUGUGGUCGAUAGGGGAAUCCCGGCAGUUCCAGUCGCUGUCCCAGCUCCAGUAGUUACUCCUCCUCCUCCCGUGCAAAAUGGAAGCAAACCCUCUUCGCCGAUUAAUAAUAACACUCUGAUUAGCACGCCUCCACCGCCAUCCGCCACCAAGGCUGGCAUCAAUAAUAAUGGCAGUGUUUAUAACACCAAUGGCAAUGGUACAAAUGGCAUGACCACGCCUAUCACGCCUCCACCAGCGAGUGGUGUUAAUCGAGCGGGCAGCUUGAAUUUGCCACUGACAGUCGCCGAAAUGCGAGCCAAGUUGGCCUCCAAGAAGAAGUACGAUCCCAAGAACGAGAGCGUGGACCUCAAGAAAAAGUUUGACAUCAUCCAGAAGCUCUGAGACGACGGAUAGGAGAACUCCCACAAAUACACACACAAUACUUGUUAUAAUGUCAGGAUGAGGAUGAAGGAGCUAGAGAUGGUUUUGUCAGGCAUACACACCACACAAUAUACAAUAUGUUUAGCUAUUAGUACGCAGAGUCACUUAUUAACUAAGCAAGUUUUUAAUUAUUAGCCCCUAAGAAAGAAAAAGCGACCAACGAUAUGGUAGAGAAUGUGGUUAGAAUGGAGCACCUACCCUUGGAAUAUCUAUACAUACAUACGACAUACAUGUAUUCUUCAAAUUCAAAUACGAGUAUUGCAAACUCCGAUUGGCAAUGUUGCCUCUGGUUCAUUGAACAACUUUCGUUGAAUAUGUACUUAGUUUUGCUUGUAUUUUUGUAAAGUAAAUAAAGCAAAAACAUAAAAGAAA